AUGCGGACACCCAAAAUUUCCAAUGUAGCCAGUGUGUUAACGCCGGGCACUCGAUCGUCCGCACGGCGUUCAAUCAGGAAAUUCAGUUAUGCACCACAAAGUGACAACGAUGACAGCGACAACCAAGAUGCCUCCGACAGUGAUGUUUCCACGCCGCCUAUAUCGGAAUCGGAAUCGGAACGGGAGUCCGCGGAGGAAGUGACCAAAGCAGAACGGGGGAACAAGAGGAAGCGCGAGGCAACAGACACUCCAGCGACGACAACAAGCGGUAGCGGCGAGACGAGACAGUUGAAACGAUCGUCUCGGAAGGCACCCAAAUUGGAGAAGCAGAAGAUCAAACUGGAGGAGAACGGGACUCCCAAAGCCAAAGUCAAGCGACAACCUGCAAAGAAGAUCAAGACUGAAGAUGGCGCCGUCACUCUCGACCCGCCACCCAAUUGGGAGGAAAUAUGGAACAUCACCGCAGAAAUGCGAAAGCGUGUGCUCGCUCCAGUCGACACCAUGGGAUGUGAAAACCUGGCCGAGGACCAUCGAUCACCACGGGAUCAGCGAUUACAGACUCUCAUUGCACUGAUGUUGUCCAGUCAGACGAAGGAUACAGUCACCGCCGUAGCGAUGAAGAACCUACAAAAGGGACUCUCAGGCGGGUUCAAUCUAGAAGCUUUGCUAGCAGUGGAGCCCGAGGAGCUGAAUAGAAUGAUUGGAUCAGUUGGGUUUCACAACAAUAAGACAAAGUACAUCAAAGCUACGGCCUUGAUUUUGAAGGAGAAGUUCGAGGGUGAGAUUCCAGACACCAUUGAGGGAUUGAUAUCGCUACCCGGCGUGGGACCUAAGAUGGCAUAUUUGACCAUGUCGUCCGCGUGGGGAAGGGAUGAAGGAAUCGGUGUUGAUGUACACGUACACCGCAUAACGAACUUGUGGAAGUGGAACAAGACGAACACGCCGGAGCAGACCAGAGCCGCACUGGAGUCGUGGUUGCCGCGAGAACGGUGGCAUUCGAUCAAUCAUAUGCUUGUAGGACUGGGACAGACGAUAUGUCUUCCAGUUGGAAGGAAAUGUGGCGAAUGUGACCUCAAUACUCGCAAGCUCUGCCCUAGCGCGGUCGCUGGGAGUCCGAAGAAGAAGAAGGUGGUCAAGAAGGAAAACGAAGUCAGUCUUGAGGAUGAGCCGCCUGUCAAAGCCGAAGAAGUCAUUGUUGAAAAGGACGACCUUAGUGCAACAGUGCAGGUCAAAUCAGAAGACAUUGGUAAUGUCAUUCUACAAGGUGUUCCUGACAUUGAGGAUUUUGCGCGCAGUUAG